AUGCUCAUCCCCAUCAGUCUCCGUUCCCCCAAAGGGCAGACCCGGGUCCAGAUCGAGGAUGAUGCCACGCUUGGAGAGCUAGUCGCGCUCAUCCAGACCACGACUGAGCUGGGCGAGUUUACGCUGAAGUAUGGGUACCCGUUAAAGAGUCUCGAUAUCAGCCCGUCAUUGCGGGGCAAUAGCAUAAAGGACCUUAAGUUGAGAGGGGAAGCCAUCAUUGUUGCCCCUGUCGAAACGGCUCCGCCUGUUCCGGCCCAGCCAGCUCCUGAACCGUUCAAGCCCAAGGGCAUAGAACCUGAUGAGACGUCGUUGGAAUGGGCGAAAAGAGGGGGCUAUAUUGUGCUCCGGGUUAUGCCGGAUGACAAUAGCUGCAUGUUUACGGCUCUGGGAGGUGCUAUCGGCUUGGAGAACCCGUCCAGAAUUCUCCGCAACCAAGUGGCCGAAUACAUUCUCAACCAUCCCGACAAGUACAACAAAGCCAUCCUCGGGGACGACCCCCAACGCUACACGACGAGAAUGCGUCAAAUGGACACCUGGGGUGGCGCAAUAGAAUUAUCGAUUCUAUCGGACAUCUAUAACAUCGAAAUCAGCUCGAUAGACGUCAAGACCCUCCGCAUCGACCGCUUCGGCGAAGGCAAAUCCAACCGUGUGAUCAUCCUCUACUCCGGUAUCCACUACGACCGCAUCGCCUUCUGCAUGGACCUAAGCUACCCGGUCGAGGUCGACGUCACACGCUGGCCGAUCGAGGAUGAAGAGGUGCUCGACCGUGCCCGCCAGCUGGCCCAGCGCCUGCAGAAUCUCCACUACUACACCGAUACCACAGACUUCGUGAUCAAGUGUGAAAUAUGCAACUGGAUUGGGCAGGGCACGCGGGAGGCGGCCAAGCAUGAGAAGGAGACGGGGCAUAGCCGGUUUGGGGAAAUGCAGAUCACGGAUUAG